UUCUCUAUUUGCUGCUGUUAGAAGCAUUUUGUACUAUAAACUAUUUCUCUUUCAUUCCUUUCUCACUUUUCUUUGCUUUUGGGUUUCUGGGGUUCUUUUUUUUCUCUUCCAGUUUUGUUUUGGUUUGAUCUGCUUCUUGGGGUUCUUUAAAUUCUCUUGAAAUCUUGAAUUUUGGGUGUUUCUUGAAAAUUCAAAGAGAUGGAGAGGGACUUUAUGGGAUUGAAUAUCAAAGAUUCUUUACUUGUAGUCAAGGAUGAACCUGUUGAAAGCUCCAAAGACUCUGGGUUUCGCUGGCCAAUGUCGAGCAAGGUUGGUGUACCUCAUUUCAUGUCCUUGAACUCUGCUCAAGAUGAGAACACCUUCAAAGCUCUAUCUGCCACAGAUGGAGUCGAUGCUGGUCUCAAACGUCAGUCUGGUGAACUCCAGAAUGUGCAUGCAAUGCAUCUUCCAUAUGAUGUUAAGAUGCUUCCAUUUAACAUGAACAACCCCUCCUACAAGACUCAUUUUGGUGGUAUUGGCCAGAUGAAGCAAGUUCUUGGUGGAAUUCCUGUUACAGCUCCUCAUUCAAUGCUUCCAUCGCGUGGCUCUGUGGCUGGGACAACCGAACCUUGGUUUAAUUCCAAGGGUUCUGCAGCACCUGCUCAACUGACCAUCUUCUAUGGUGGGACGGUCAAUGUCUUCGAGGAUAUCUCCCCUGAGAAGGCACAGGCUAUUAUGUUUUUGGCUGGACAUGGCUGUGCUCCACCUAAUGUGGUGCAACCAAGGUUUCAACUUCAGGCAUCUGCAUCGAAACCUGCUGCUGCAGAUGGUGUUUGUGUGAACCAAACCCCAAACAUGCUGCCUGCCUCGGGUCUUUCUAGCCCUAUGUCCGUUUCUUCCCAUCCCAUUGGUCAAUCUGAUGGCAGUUCUGGAAACAAAGAUGACAUGAAGAUGUCUAAAACUGCAAACAUUUCAGUGACUCCCCUUGUCAAAUUGGACACUUCAAAGAUUGUGACAUCACUAGGACCUGUUGGGGCGACUACCAUAAUGACAGCAGCGGUUCCACAAGCUAGGAAAGCAUCUUUGGCUCGUUUUCUGGAGAAGCGUAAGGAAAGGGUGAUGAACUUAGCACCAUAUGGCCUCAGCAAGAAAUCGCCUGAGUGCUCCACCCCCGAGUCUAAUGGAGUUGGUUUCUCUGCAACUUCCACUCCUCUGUUAGCCGGUAAGGAGACCUAGCUAUGAUAUCUGAAGACUGCUUAACGCCGUAAAUCAGUGAAGCAUUAUCUAUUUUAUUCAGCAAGUUAAAAUCUGUGUAGCUAUCAAGUUUUGUUUGUUGUCAACUUUUGUUUAGCUCUAGCUAGACAUCUUAGUAUCCAAUUGGUUUGGUCUUUUUUUUCUUUCUGUAACUUGAUGGAAUUUAUCCCAUCCAAAUAACUUCUUCAAUUUGUAACUAUUUAUUUUGUUACAUUGUGUUUCACAAGUAUAUAUAUAUAUAUAUUAAUGUUAUUUAGUCAUAA